ACACUGCUGUUUUUCGUCUUGUUCUGUACCCUCCUACCAAGCAUUCGUUAUCAGCUAUGCAACCGUUUCGACAACUCGAAAACUGUGGAUUGCAUUUCUGGCGAAUCGAUACCCGUACUUGAAGUUCGCUCGUACAAAUAACAUCCGAAGCUUAGUGGAUACUUCUAGGAAUCCAGGAGUUUUUCAUAUACUUUUGCAGGUUGAAGGAAAGUAUCAUCGAAAUGAAAUUCAACUAAAAAUAACCGAUCACGUUCUGGCCCGGCGUGAUCACUAUGGUAGACCGUGCUUUUCAAGGCUAAAGUUCCCUCUGAUUUCCUGUUGGGGCCAAUAUGCGUUUGUGAAGAAAACCAAGGAUUUCAACAUCGACAAUCACAUUAUUCUUGCGCCUUCGUUACAUCGAGGUCGUCCUUUAACUGAGGCUAACCUUCAAGACUAUGUGAGCGACAUCAUAUCUAAAUAUAUGCCACCGGAGAUACCUCCUUGGCAGAUUUUUUGCAUUCCGAUGGCAUACGGGGGAACGGCCAGUGGUUCAGCAGAAUGCGACGCUAGUGCUCCCUACUAUUACCUGUUGUACCGUAUUCAUCAUCUUCUUCUGGAAGAGCAACAAAACCUAAGAAUCUCUGACCUGCUUCUGAUAGACAGACGAAUUGAAAACGAGAAGAGAAUUUCUGAUUGCGACUCUAUAUUUGCCAAUUUGCUGGAACGUCCAGUCUACCUGCCCCGAAUUUGGAAUGACAUAGGUGCCACCAUCAGCAACAAAUGGAACGAAUUUAUCUACCAACACGAUCCUUUGGAAUCGCCUGACAUUGAGAAGAAGCACAUUGCCGGAGUACAACAGCUCGUUUCGGUAGUCUUGAUAGCAGUGGUCACAGUGGUGUCAGACUUCUCCAAAGGAUUCUCCAAAGUUCCGGGCAAUCCGUUGAUGAAGAUAGACUACCUCAAAUCGCUAAUUGAUCGUGAAAUUCAACGAAGGAAUCUUAAUCUGCGUACCAUUUGGAAUGCCAUAAUGAUGUCCAUCGAUCCAAUCAAUGUUGUAAAAGAAUUAAUAUUUCUAUUUUGGAAAGUUGGUGCUACCCUAACGUUGAUGCUGCCCUGGUACGUGUUCCAGGAAAUGGAAGCCGUAAGGAUCUACAUUUUGAUGAAGAAAAUCAAACGGAUCACGCUGAUCGGAUUCGCACUGGAGUAUCUGCCGGUUUGCUUCGGAGCAUUCCUUGAGUAUUGGAAGGGAGUGAAACUUUUCUAUUCAGCUCCUAAGCUAGUCUUCGAAGAGCUGUUCGAACAUAAGCCAAACACUGAACACUACUUACAGAACGUGUCGCUAUGCGGGAGAAAGGUUGUGUCCUGGUCGGAAAGAGUUCGAUCAACUGAACUUCAGGCGACCCGUUCGGAUCAACCUGCAGCUCAACGAACAGGUAACGUCAGUUUUUCCUUUUUAGUCGGGAUAUGCAAUUAUAUGUUUCAUUUAGGGUUUAUCCAUACACAAAAAUGAAACGCGGGCAAUGGA